CCUCCCACAUACUGAAACGCCUCUUACAGAGAAAGUGCUUUCCUGGAAGAGAGAGGUGCAAAAUAAUUUCACAGGAAGAUCAUCAACGUGCUUUGAACCGGAAGCUCUGCUGUUGAUCUUUGCCAGGCGAACUCCUUGGGAUCCCAAGGUUUUCUGCACAGCAUAAAGGAGCAACUUCAGAGCAGUGUGUUCAGAUUCCCCACUCCCUCUUCACUGCCAGCUUGUCGAUUGAAAAGUCUGGUAAUAAGAUCAGAUUAUAUUCCUCUCCUUGUCUUUUCUCUCCCCGUCCCCUCCACCCCACCCCAGGCCCUGCCUUCUGGAAGAAACAAAUACCGAAAGUCUUCCUGGAAUCUUGUGAUAACUUUUGGGACGUUUUUCAGCUCUGCAAGCAAUUUGGUGCCCACAACUGUGUUGGCUUUUUUGGCAGCUGCUGCACACUACUGGCUCAUAUCUAAAUGGUUGUCUACUAGGACUUCAAGAUCCUUCUCACAGUUACUACUAUUGAGCAAGAAAAGAUGAAUGGAAGGAGGAUCAAUAUGUUUGUAACUGCCACCUUGUAUCUUCUCUCCCAAUUUGUCCUUUGCGAUGGGACUGCAGCUUCAGAGAAUGAGGAAUAUGCAGAGAUUAUUGGUCUCAAUUCAUCCCCACUCAUACUAGGCAUGUCAAUCUGUGCCUUGAAAGCUGAUUCUGGUCCCUGCAAAGCCCUGCACACCCGCUAUCAUUUCAACAUCCAUACUCACCACUGUGAACUUUUCAACUUUGGUGGAUGUCAAGGCAAUGAAAACAACUUUUUAACCCUAGACGAAUGUCAAGAAAAGUGUGUCGUGAAAGAUGUGCCAGCGAAGAUAAAGAAAUCAAGACUUAAGAAUGAAAAGCCGUCCUUCUGCCUUUUGGAAAAUGACCCUGGUGUCUGCCGAGGAUUAAUUUCCAGGUAUUUCUACAACAAAGAGUCACAGCAGUGUGAAAAAUUCCAAUAUGGAGGUUGCCUGGGAAACCAAAACAACUUUAAAUCUUUGCAAGAAUGCCAAAAUACCUGCCAUGACAGAGUCCCCUCAGCCAAUUCACUACAAAUCGAUGAUGACCACACGGUUUUGGGUACUAUUAGUAAUAAUAGUGCUCCACUUAUUAAGCAAGAGUUAUCCCUGCUCCCUUCUCUUUGUGUGAUGCCCAUGGACAGAGGUCUUUGCAAAGCAAAUGAGAAACGGUUCUUCUAUAAUCAAACUACUGGAAGAUGCCGUCCAUUCAGCUACACUGGAUGUGGUGGGAAUGAAAAUAAUUUUACCUCUAGGAAGGCAUGUGUGCAGAUGUGUAAGAAAGGUUUCAUUUCAAAGAAGGGACAAAAAGGUGUCAGGAAAAUACAUCGGAAAAGAAAGAAACAACUAGUCAAGGUGGUGGAUGGGGAAAUUGUUAUUGAAAGGAUUUAAGCACUAUAUAAUUAAACCACUCUGAAAAUGUUUCAUUUGAAGACAUCUACUAUUCUUGUAUUACCCACUUUGUUUAACAUUGUGCAUAUUUAUCAAGGUUUCAUAUAGCAACCUUCACAUCAUUCUAUUCCCUUGGGGAUUUGCCAGGCAGAAGAGAAACUUUUUACUGUAAAAUUAAUGCUGUGACUUUUUUUUUUUUCUAUGAUUAUUACAUAGAAUUGCAGAAUAAAAGGCUGUGAUCCGGAGCUAGCUCACUUUAUCUUCUUAAUCUGACACUAUCUAAUCACUCUGACUUGUACAUGAUAAAGGAAUUUGCUGAAUAUACAGCACUGUGACUGCAGAUCACUCUGUUUUAUUCCCACAAAGUGGUUGAUUUGCCUGAAGACUGAUUCCUUGCUGUAUGGAUCCUUGGACAAUAGAAUACAGUAUCUGAAUAGAAUAGAAUAGUAAUCCUCGACUUAUGACCACAAUUGAGCCCAACAUUUCUGUUGCUUAGUGAGAAACUUGUUAAGUGAAUUUUGACCAAUUUUAUGACUUCUUGCCACAAUUGUUAAGUGAAUCACUGCACUUGUUAAAUUAGUAACACGGUUGUUAAGUGAAUCUGGAAUCCCCAUUGAUUUUGCUUGUCAGAAGGUUGCAAAAGGUGGCCCCAGGGUCAUUGCAACUGUCAUAAAUAUGAGUCAGCUGCCAAGCAUCUGAAUUUUGAUCACAUGACCAUGGGGAUGCUGUAAUGGUUGUAAGUAUGAAAAAUGACCAUAAAAGUCACUUUUUUCAGUGAUGUUGUAUAAUUUCAAACAAUAAAUGAACUAUUGUAAGUCGAGGACUACCUGUAUAAUUGGACUCCUUUGGAUAUACUGUAAUCAUUGAACCUGUAUGACAAUAAAUACAGUUUAGAAUUUUCAACUGAUCGAGAAAUUUAGGAAAAGAAAUUUAGUUCUCAUGUCUGCAGAGAAAUAUUACAUCAGCUUAUUGCAAAUGUAAUAAAUCUUGAAAAUAAGGCGGACGGUGGUUUGUUACAAAAAUAUACAAGAAGAAAUGAAUAAGAAGUGCUUUCCAAGUCACAAAAGCCACUAAGAAACAAGUUAAAUAAGACUUCAAUUUCAUUUCUAUUUCUAUUUUAAAAGCCAAAGUUUUAAAUAAACACAAGGUUUAGCACAGCAGUGUAAAAAUCUGGAUUCAGUGCAAAUCCCAAAAGUGCUUUUUCAAGAGGCAACUGGACUUUCUGCUUUUCCUUUGAAGACAUUUUGCUUCUCAUCCCAAGUUUUUUCAAAGAAAACCCAGGCAGUCCAGUUGCCUCUUGAAAAAGCACCUUUGGAACAACCAUGACCUGGAUGACUGAGACUCUCCAUAGACAUUAAGUGCAAAUGGGUGCACAACUAGGACCUUCAGAGGUUCUUUAAAGCAGUCGUAUCAAGAUUGAGUCACUGACUGUUUUGUUGUUGUUUUUUAGUGUAAAUAUACCGUCAAAAGCUAUAUAUAAAGCCCUGAUAUUUAGGCAUUUGUGUAUUUUACUGCAGGUUUUUAAACUCAUUGCUUCUUUUUUUAAAUAAUAAAUCAGAUUCUUUGUUUUUAUAUUCUGUAAAUAUGUAGUACCAAGUUCUAUAUUUAGUAAAUAUUUUUGAAUUUACUUUAUCCCAUUAUCAUAUAUAAGAAUAGUCAAGCUGAACACUGUUUUUUUUUCCAAAAAAAAAAAAAAUUAUAUACAUAAAUACAUAAUGUAGGAGACCAUACUGUUAUGUUUCUUUUUUAGGAGGUCAAUGUCUUCAGUUGGUAUAUAAACCUUCUUUAGUCUUUCUAUCAAAUCACUGUUUUUAAUUAAACUUGGGUUGAAUUAGGGAAGGAGGGCACUAACAAAUCUUUGCAUCCAGGAGGGAAUGAAAUAGAGCAUGCUAAAUGAUUGUGUAUUGAAAAGAAGAAAGAGAACCUGAAAGAAGACUUGAGGAUUGGUAUUUGUGGGAGAUUGUGAUAAAAUGCUCGUUUGACUCAGAGAAAAUGCUGAGGAAAGAUAUUUGAGUUCUGGGGAGGUUGCAAGUAGGAAACAGAAAUUCAAAACAACUUUUUGAUUGUAUUACUUGAAGUAAAGGGCCUUGGAAGGCCUUCAAGAUUCUGUUACAAUAUCCAAACCACAUUAAACUUUGUUUCAAAAUUUAUAGUAA